GAAGUGGAGAACCGGAUGAAAUGAAUUUUCUUGGUUCUUUGACUAACUGUACCAAUUUGGUUGGAUUGGAUCUAAAAGAUAAUCAAUUAAGAGGGGCUUUGCAAAAUAAUGUGGGCAACCUCUCUGCUCAACUGUUAUAUUUGUCACUUGAUGGAAAUCAAAUAUAUGGAGACAUCCCUUCAACAAUAGGUUAUUUGGUAAAUGUUGAAACAUUAGGUCUGGCGUAUAACCAAUUCACAGGUAGAAUUCCCACUAAUGUUGUUAAUCUUCAAAAGCUGCAACGGUUGUUUGUUAGCGACAACAAACUAUCAGGAAAAAUUCCAGAUUCUAUCGGAAACCUAUCAUUGUUGAAUGAACUUUCCUUGGGGAAUAACAGAUUAGAGGGAACCAUACCUUCAAGUCUUGGAAGCUGUCAACAAUUGUUAUUGUUGGAACUUGAUCAAAACAACCUUAAUGGAACCAUACCCAGACAACUUUUUGAUCUUUCCACUCUAUCCAUUUCACUAAAUCUAGCUCGGAACCAUUUGUCUGGUUUGAUACCUAUAGAGUUAGGUAACCUUAAAAAUUUAGCACAAUUGGAUUUAUCUGAGAAUCAGUUGUCUGGUGAAAUUCCUAGUAGCCUUGGUAGCUGCACUAGCCUUGAAUAUUUAUACCUAGAGGGGAACUUCUUUCAAGGGUCCAUUCCUUCAUCACUGAGUUCUUUGAAAGGUAUUCAAAACUUUGACUUUUCUCAUAACAACUUUUCAGGACAGAAUCCAGUGUAUUUAGAGUAUUUUUCAUUGAAGAUCUUAAACUUGUCCUUCAAUGAUUUUGAAGGGGAGGUACCAACAAAGGGUGUUUUCGCAAAUGCCAGUGCGAUAUCAAUUACUGGGAAUAAAAGGUUAUGUGGGGGCAUAUCUGAGCUUCAGCUACCCAAAUGCCCCAUCAAUGAAUCACAGAAAAAAAAGAUGUCAGUUGCGAGGCUUAUAAGGCUAAUAAUCAUAACAACGUCUGCAACAACUGGAGUAAUCUUAGUAACAUGUUUGAUCUUCUGUUGGUUUAAAAAGAAACAAAGAAAUAUGCCUUCAGGAUCAUUGUUGAGGAGAUCACUCUUGAAAGUGUCAUAUGGAGAACUUUUUAAAGUAACUGAUGGCUUUUCUUCAGAAAAUCUGAUUGGUGCUGGUCAUUUUGGUUCUGUCUACAAAGGAAUCGUUGAUAAGGAUGCAAGCAUUGUUGCAAUCAGAGUACUUAAUCUUCUACAUCGAGAAGCUUCCAAGAGUUUCAUGGCCGAAUGUGAAGCCUUGAGAAAUAUCAAACACAGAAACCUUGUCAACACCAUAACUUCUCGCUCAACCAUUGAUUUCCAAGGCAAUGCUUUUAAAGCUUUAGUGUAUGAGUUCAUGCCCAAUGGGAGUCUUGAGAGGUGGUUGCAUUCAUGUAUGGAGACAGAUGAUGGACAGGACAAAAUUCAGAAACUAAACCUUCUUGAAAGAAUAAACAUUGCAAUUGAUGUGGCUUGUGCACUUGACUAUCUUCACAACCACUGCCAAAAGUCAAUCGUUCAUUGUGAUCUAAAGCCAGCCAAUAUUCUUCUUGACAGUGACAUGACUGCCCAUGUUGGCGAUUUUGGGCUUGCAAGGUUUCUCCCCCAACUCAUGAAUCCAAAUGAAAGCAGCUCAAUGGGAAUAAGAGGGACUGUUGGGUAUGCAGCUCCAGAGUAUGGUCUAGGAAAUGAAGUGUCAACAAGUGGAGAUGUGUACAGCUACGGGAUAUUGUUAUUGGAGAUGAUGACAGGGAGGAGACCCACCGACCCUAUGUUUGAGGGCGGGCUUAACCUUCACAGCUUUGGUAGGAUAGCAUUGCCUGACCGUGUUUUGGAGAUUGUAGACCCAACGCUACUGAACAAUGAUGACAGUGAGGCACAGGCAGAAGUGGAAGAGGCAAAAAGUAAGUGGGAUUCAACACAAUUAAGAAAUGGCAGCACAACAGAGGAGUGUCUGGUUUCAAUGGUCAAGAUUGGAGUUGAAUGCUCCAUGGAGUCGCCGCAAGAUCGAACAAAUAUAACUAAUGCUGUCCAUGAGCUGCAUUUCCUCAGGGGCAUCCUUAUGCAGUAAAUGUCUUAAAUGACUUUAGAUGCAUAGGGUAGGGCUGCAAAUUAUCUGAGCUAUUCGCGAGCUCAGCUCGGUUUAUUAUGUCAAUUCAUUAUGUAAAUAAUUGAGCCCGAGCUAGAUUUUUAGGCUUAUUUAAUAAAUGAGCUAAGCUUGAGCUAGAGCAAGCUCGGCUCAUAAGGCUUAGCUCAUUUAUUAUUUAUAUAAAUAAUAUGAUAAACAUGUUAUUUUAUGUAUUAAAUAAUAUAAAGUGUUGUAUAUGUAUAUUUAAUUUAGAAUACUAUGUAAUGAGCCGAUCGAGCUUGAUUAUCAAGCCAAACUUUUUCUUUGUUAUCAAGUUUUGAACCGAGCUCAAGCUGGACUAAUUUUUGAGCUGAGCUUGAGAUUGAUUUUCGAGUUCGAUAAACCAAUGAGUCAAACCCGAGCCUUGCAAAGCUUGACUCGGCUCGUUUGCAGUACAAAGUAAAAAGCUUUGAAUUCCCUUCAAUAUCAUGUUUAUU